AUGGGUGUUGAUAUUAAGCAAAUUGAAGGAGAUAUAGUUGUAGUUGAUUAUAUUCAAGUAAAUGAUAAAAUUAAGGAUGCUAUAAAUAAGAAUAGUCUAGAGAUUUCUUAUAAAAAAAGUAAUGUUUUGAGAAAAGUGUCUGGUGUCAAAGUUAAUAGUGAUGAGUUAAGGUGUAUUUCAAAAAUGAAGUAUAAGAGAGUCUAG